UCCACCCAUUUGCUUGUGUUGCGGUUACUUUCAUUUCCCUGUGCAGUUGUGUGUUAGCCAACAGCCUCGUGUUCUGAGCCUCUAAAGCCGGACUAAGAGGCGCAAGCAGAGAUGAUGAUGAAUUGCCGGCUUCUGCUGGCCUUGCAAGUACUGCAUGCGGUGGCAGGUACCAUGGUAAAACUCAGCAACGGAGGGUUUGAAGACCUUGUCAUUGCCAUCAAUCCUAGGAUACCUGAAGACGACAGAAUUGUUGACCGCAUAAAGGACAUGAUCAAAGAGGCAUCAACAUACCUCUUCGGUGCUACACAACAAAGAUUUUACUUCAAGGCUGUAAAAAUUGUCAUUCCUUCAACAUGGAAAGAGAAAGCUGAGUAUCAGAGAGUAACUACAGAAACCUAUGAUAAGGCCGAUGUCAUAGUGGCAAAUUCUUUCCCCAAAUAUGGAGACGAUCCCUACACCUUGCAGUAUGGCGGAUGUGGGGAACCUGGGCAAUACAUUCAUUUAACUCCUAACUUCUUGACCAACGACAAUUUGCUUAAUGCUUAUGGUCCUCGAGGCAGGGUCUUUGUCCAUGAGUGGGCUCAUCUCCGAUGGGGUGUCUUUGAUGAAUAUAACGUGGAUGCACCUUUCUAUGCUACUGGGGGAGACAACUUGCCUGAAGCCACAAGGUGCUCGACGGAUUUCACCGGUCGAUACAUAUUCCCACUUGGGAGCAAUCAAUACAGACGUUGCAAAAUUGACCCCCAAACUCAGCUGUAUGAACAUGGGUGCAUAUUUUUCCCAAACAAGCGCCAAGAUACUGCAGCUUCUAUAAUGUAUUUGCAAAGUCUCCCUUCAGUUACUCAGUUCUGUAACAAAAGCAACCAUAAUAUUAAAGCAACGAAUUUGCAGAAUAAAAUGUGCAACUACAGGAGCAGCUGGGAAGUAAUUAUGGCCUCUCCCGACUUUGCCAGUUCAACUCCAUUAACAGUUCCCCCACCUGAUCCCACUGUCUCCUUGCUGAAAAAACAGGAGAGAGUUUUGUGUCUAGUGCUUGAUGUUUCUGGCAGCAUGGAUGCGAGCAAUCGCAUUGGUCGGAUGAAACAAGCUGCAGAAAUAUUCAUCCUGCAGAUUAUUGAAGCAGGAUCCUGGGUUGGGAUAGUCACGUUCAGCAGCUCAGCAUCAAUUCUGACUGGCUUGAAACAGAUCAGCAGCAACAGCAUGCGGCAAACACUUGCAGACUAUCUUCCUACCUCAGCUAAUGGAGGAACCAACAUAUGUUCCGGAGUGCAGUCAGGAUUUCAGGUCUUUUUACAAAAGUAUUCAACUACAAAAGGCUGUGAAAUUGUGCUCUUGACAGAUGGGGAAGAUUCUGCUAUAACCUCUUGUUUCGGUGAAGUUCAAAAUAGUGGGUCUAUAAUUCACACCAUUGCUUUGGGACCAAGUGCUGCAGAAGAACUAGAAAGAUUGGCAGACAUGACGGGAGGUUCAAAAUUUUCUGCCACCGACAGUUUGGAUUCCAAUGGCCUCAUUGAUGCUUUCAGUGGAAUUUCGUCAGGAAGUGGAGAUAUCAGUCAACAAUCUAUUCAGCUUGAAAGUAGAGGGCAAAGCGUUGGUUCCCAAGACCAGCUGAAUGGUAUUGUAACCAUUGAUAAAACAGUGGGGAAUGACACUUUCUUCGUGGUGACGUGGGGCACAUCCCCACCGGAAAUUCUGCUCACAGAUCCCAAAGGAAAAGAGUACACUGAAAAAGACUUUGCAAUUGAUAACACUAAUGUAAAAUCAGCUCGCCUCAAGAUUGAUGGAACCGCAGAGACAGGAGAUUGGAUUUAUUCAAUUCAGAAUACAUAUUCAAACGCUCAGGUCCUAACGAUAACAGUCACAACUAGAGCAGCAUCUGUCGAUGUGCCCCCGGUGAUUGUGAAGUCCUUUAUGAAUAGCGAUACCAAUAAGUUUCCUAGUCCGAUGGUUAUUUAUGCAGAAGUCAGCCAAGGAUUCUUACCUGUUAUUGGUGCAAAAGUCAUAGCCACAGUUGAACCAGAGACCGGACCACCUGAAGAGCUGGAGCUUUUUGACAGUGGUUCAGGUGCUGAUAUUAUCAAGAACGACGGGAUCUACUCCAGGUAUUUCACAUCAUUCAAAGGAAAUGGCAGACACAACCUAAAAGUGCGCGUUGAAGGAAAAGACAAGGUUCUUAAACGGUCCCGUAGGCAGAGUCAAGCUCUCUAUAUACCAGGUUUCAUAGACGAUGGUAAUAUAACCAUGAACCCCCUCAAACCUGAAGCUAAUGUGAGCGAAACUGAAGGAGAUCUGCAAAAUGUCACCAGAGUUGUAUCCGGUGGUAGUUUUGUAGUAUCAGGAGUUGCUCCUGAAGGUAGUCCUGAUGUUCUUCCACCCUGUAAAAUCACCGACCUCGAUGUACAGCAAACCGAUGAUGGUGGAUUUCUUCUCUCCUGGACAGCUCCUGGAAAUGACUAUGAUGUGGGGAAAGCUGAAAGAUAUGAAAUAAAGAUGAGUGAGAACGCCUCGGAGUUAACCGAUGCAACUUUUGACAGUGCGACUCCCGUGAACACUGCUGGCCUGAUGACAGAAGUUGCUGGGGCCAAGCAAUCCUUUCACUAUAAGCCGGUAAACUUCGCAAAAGAGAAUGGCACCUCCAUCUACUUUGCCAUUCGUUGCAUUGAUGGCAGCAACAACGUUGGAGAAGUAUCUAAUAUAGCCAGAGCAGUCGUGCUCCUUCCUGCAUGGCCAAGCUCUCCUACUGGUCCAGUCACCAUUUCCCCUACUCCAGCUGACAAAUCCAUUAUUCCGUCUAGUCCAGAUGGCAAACAGGCUGGCUCAGUUGACAAAUCCACAAUUAUAAUUGUGAUAAUUGCAUGCGUUUCUGCAGCUAUUAUUUUGGCUGUUGUAGGUGUAGCAGUUUGCAUUCUACGUAAGCGGAAAUAUGGAAAUUAUGUGACGACGACUACCAAUACUACUGUUGCUCAGGAACCAAGAGGACAAGAACUUUAAAAAAAAAAUGGGGGGAAAUUAUAAUUUACUUAGGGGACCAUUGUAAGCAGAUGAAAGCAUUAGCAGGGUUUUAAUCUUACUUGUAAGGUGACUAUGACUAUGGACAAUUCAGAUGGAUAGAAAAAUGUGGAUAAAAGGCUGAUAUGCAUGUGUAAACGUUGACACUGGGACCCAUGGAGCGGGUUGGGGGGAAGUCUGGAGAUUCA